AAAAUUAAUAUUUGCACGCAUUACAAUAAAAUUGAAAGAUGACAGAAGAAGGAAAAAAAAUUUCUUUUGGUUUUGCCAAAACUGUUAAGAAGCCUGUAUUAAAAAAUAAACUUCCUCAGGAACAAAAGAAAAUUGAUUAUAUCGAAUGUGUAGAUAAUAAAAGUAUUAAAAUUAUUGGAGAAGAAGAAAAAAAAGAUGAACCCCUGGUCAUUCCAUUGUUGGGUUCAAAAAUGUGGCACGAUAGAAUUAUCAAUAAAAUAGAUGCAGACAUAUUUGAACCCAAAGUAGUGCCAAACGAAGAAGUAAAAGUACUAAUUGAUAUUAAAAAAGAGACGAGUAGUGAAAUAGCUAAUGGAAAUGCUACACCAAUUCAUACCGACAUUCCUAAUGUGGUUAUUAAAACUGAGCCAGUGAAUACGACGUCUAUAGAAACUACUACCAGUAAUUUGGAAGAACAAGCAGCUAAAGAAAUUAUAGAAGAUUUAAAAUCUACAGGAACUAAACAAGCAUCUAAAGUUUUAACUUUACCUGUAAUGGAGGAAGAAAAAGCUUUGAGGGGACAAGAAGAAUCUACCUUAGAAGAUUAUGAACGAAUUCCAAUAGAGGCGUUUGGUUUAGCUGUACUACGUGGAAUGGGAUGGAAACCGGGACAAGGAAUUGGUAAAAAUGAAAAAUUAGUAACGACUGUUAUACCUGAAUUACGUCCAAAAGGAAUGGGUCUUGGAGCGGACAAAAUAACAAUACAAAAAAAAGUAACUAAAUCUAAAGACAAAAAAGAAAAAGAAAUACAAAUUGAGAAAGGUACCUAUGUGAAGAUCACAAGUGGUAAAUAUGUUAAUGCUUAUGGUCAAAUAGAAGGGUUAGACGACGAUGCUGGAAGAGUAAUUAUCAAAAUGGCUUUGGGAGGAGACACAAUUUCUGUAAAUGAAUUUAUAGUUCAACCUGUGACGAAAGAUGAAUAUACUGAGAAAGCUAAGGUUUUAAUAUUUUAUGACACUGAUUUCAGAUGCAGCGAAGUAUAAAGAAUAUAAAAGCAAAGAAAGUCCCCAAUUAGAAAAACGUUCGUCUUUGGAACCUAAUAAAGGUAAUCAAGAUAACGAAAAGGAGCAAUC